UUUACCAAAGACGUUGGUGUUGAACUGUUUUGAACAUUUUUGGAAAAAAGUGCAUUGAAUGCAUUUUUAACAAUUUUAAUGCAACACCAUUGCACUUUUGUCCUAAAUUAACCAAAGAUUUUGGUGUUGAAUUUUGACCAUACUAAAUGAAUUUUUAAAAAGGUCAAUGCAAUUUAUCAAAAAUUGACCUAGAGACUUUGGUGUUGAAAAAAGUCAUCUCGAAGCGCACUUGCUAGAUCCUCGAAUCAAGUUAUCCAUGGGAUUUCCUUUAAAAACCCAAUUUCGUUCGAGUCUUAUAAUUCACAGCCACUUAUUGCCAAAAGUUGUACCUAAGCUCGAAAAAUAUAGGCAAAAUUUCAUCGUCAGAUUGAAAUAAUCUGAAAUUGAGAAGAAAAAAAUUGCAAAAAAAACGAAGAAAUUUCAAGACAAAUGGAUAAUUAUAUGGAAAGAGGAUUUUUUAGAAAUUUUGGCCCGAGGAAUUGGAUCAAUCCAAGAAUGUGGUUAAAUUCGAGGAGGGGAUAUUUUUUGCCACCAAAUAAUAUCCCAUCUAUGCUGGCAAUUGAAGGUUCCGAACCAUCGGAAGAAAGGCCUUCGUUAACAGCCAUGCAGCUCUUUCACAAUAUUGGAAUGGUAUAUUUCCCCGAAGUUACAACCAUAGUAACAAGGACUCGGGCCAUCCGAGUGUUGAGACGUCCAGGAAGGGUCCGUUUUUCGAGAACUAAUAUGAUUUUACACUGGCUACAGUGUAAAAUCUGGAGAAUUCGCAGAAAAAUAAAGAAAAAUGUGAAACCUUCUUGUGUCGUCUUUUGUGUGGUUUGCUUUUUUAUUGGUUUAGCUAUUUAA